CUUUAGAAUUUGAAAAUAUGUUAAGUGCCCUUUAGCCUGUUUGAUGGAGUUUGAUCUUGAAUGUAACAUACUUUAAACGUUGUUUAAAAUAAUAGAAYCGUAGCAAGUUGGACCGACUGUGUGCAAAAUAUGAAGAUCAUUUGUGCAGGAUUAUCAAAAACCGGCACCAAAUCGUUGGCAAAAGCGUUACGAAUCCUCGGAUUUGUGGUCCACGACUUUGAAGAACAUUUCAUGUGGCAUAUGAGUGAAUACAUUCAAGCUCUAAAUGGCGACAUGCUCGACUUCACUGCCAUGUAUAGUCAAGUCGAUGCCGUGACUGACACUCCAGCGUGUUUGCUCUGGAAGGAGCUAAGUCAAACUUUCCCUGAUGCAAAGGUGGUGCUGAUGGAACGAGAUUCUGCCGAAAUUUGGGUCCAGUCAUUGCUUUCUUCGUUUGCUGUAUACAGAAGAGAAAUGUGUUCUCUUAAAAACAUACUUGGAAGUGCUUUGACUCCAACCGGCCGCAAACGUAUAACGCUUAUGGGACUUGUUUACAAAAAAAUGCAUGGCGAUCAGGAUAAAGAAGGGUUUGUUGAAUUYUACAUUGAACACAACGCGAGGGUCAACUCUACAAUCCCGCGGGAUAAGCUACUGGUCUACAACGUUAAGCAAGGUUGGGAGCCGCUGUGUGAGUUUCUUGGCGUUCCUGUCCCAGAUGUGCCGUUUCCUCGCUUGAAUGUGAAAGAUCAAUUAAUUCCUAAUUUGUUGAAUUCCUCAGAAGUUGCGAAACGAAUGUUAAACGAGCUUUUGGCUUUGUUUGUGAUUUUAGUUGUAUUGAUUGCCGCCAUUGUGGCUUUCUUGAUUAAUYUAUAGCUGCAUAAAUUAUUGUUUUCUUUUGACUAGAAAAAAAAAUCGGAAAUCCAAGGGUUAACCAUCAUUGAUGAGGAAGUUGUUCCCUUUUGUUUUUACUUGGUGAGAGUGAGAAAGUGAUUUCUAACUGAAACUGAUUAAUAAUAACGUAAUGGAUGAAACAGUAGUUAUGUCAUGAAAUUAUUGUCAAAUGCACAUAAUAAAAAAUCUUAAAUAACAGAGCAUUUGGUACGGCCAUUAGACGGGUCUCCUUUUCUUAUGUACAUCAGGUAUAAGAAUACUAAUAAGGAGUGUUUUAUCAGAUACAAAGGUCCAUGCAUGUGACGGCCAAAUAAGCUUAUUCUAUUGUACUAAUAACUCAUUAAUUACGUAUUAUGAGUUUUUGAAAAAUAUAUAUACAGUAAUACGAAGCGGGGGCGGAUCCA